GGAGCCCGCAGUCUCUUUGGAAACUUCUGCCGAGGGAAAAGAGCUAGGAAAGAGCUGCAAAGCCCUGUGGGCUUUUUCCUUCUUUUGCUCCUUUUGAUUACUCCCUCCUCCGUUGCACCCUUCUCCGGACUUCACGCGAAUUUCGAAGAGGCGGUGGCAGAGUGGGAGAAAAAGAGGUGUUAGGGUUUGGGGUGUGGGGGGCUUGUCUUUUUUUUUUUUUUUUUUUAGUUUCUCGAUUUCAACAUUUUCUCCAACCCUCUCGGCUGUAGUCAACGCCUCUUACCUGGUCCGCGGCAGUCGCACGCCGCUGGCAGCUGAGAGUUAGAAAGAAGCGGGUGUCUUAGAUUUUAAGCAAAAUUUUUGAAGACAAACCCAUUUUUACCCACCCCACCCCCGCCACCCAGUUCUCCACAACCUCCGAGCUCAUUAUUUCGGUGGUUGCUUUGGGGUGAACAAUUUUGUGGCUUCUUCCUCUUGCAGUUCUGACCACAUCCCUUUGGGUGGGUUCUCCGGCCUCCGCUCACUCCGCGUGCACCUGGCGUGCCUCUUUUUUCCCCCAACCUGUUGCAAGUCUUUAUCCUUGUGAAAGGGACUUGCUUGCAGGCACUUGAAUCCUCCUCUCCCUACAUUUUGCAAGUGUGUAGAGGAGGGCACCUGCUCUACCUGCCGGAGAUUUAAAAGGGAAGAAAAUCUCCAGGCGCCCUCUCGGCUCAUUUCUUCCCGCACUCUCGCUCUCCUGCCCCGCCCCGAGGUAAAAGGAGACUCGGAGAAGAUGGUGCUCACCACGGUCCUCCUGCUGCUUGCCGCCUAUGCGGGGCCGGCCCAGGGCCUGGGCUCCUUAGUGCACUGCGAGCCCUGCGACGAGAAAGCUCUCUCUAUGUGUCCCCCCAGCCCUCUGGGCUGCGAGCUGGUCAAGGAACCCGGCUGCGGCUGCUGCAUGACUUGUGCUCUGGCCGAGGGGCAGACGUGCGGCGUCUACACUGAGCGCUGCGCCCUGGGGUUGCGCUGCCUCCCACGGCAGGGCGAGGAGAAGCCACUGCACGCCCUGCUGCACGGCCGCGGGGUUUGCCUCAACGAAAAGAACUACCGCGAGCAAGCCAAGAUCGAGAGAGACUCCAGUGAGCAUGAGGAGCCGACUACCUCCGAGGUGACUGAAGAGACCUACUCCCCCAAGAUCUUCCGACCCAAGCACACCCGCAUCUCUGAGAUGAAGGCUGAGGCCGUGAAGAAGGACCGAAGGAAGAAGCUGACCCAGUCCAAGUUUGUCGGGGGAGCUGAGAAUACUGCCCACCCUCGGGUCACUUCUGCAUCUGAGAUGAGACAGGAAUCCGAGCAGGGCCCCUGCCGCAGACACAUGGAAGCUUCCCUGCAGGAGAUCAAAGCGAGCCCGCGCAUGGUGCCCCGUGCCGUGUACCUGCCCAACUGUGACCGCAAAGGAUUCUACAAGAGAAAGCAGUGCAAGCCUUCCCGUGGCCGCAAACGUGGCAUCUGCUGGUGCGUGGACAAGUAUGGAAUGAAGCUGCCAGGCAUGGAGUAUGUCGACGGGGACUUUCAGUGCCACGCCUUCGACAGCAGCAACACUGAGUGAUGCGUCCCCCUCCCCCGACCCUCCCCCUCCCACUCCCAGCCCCAAUUCCAGCCAUCGCCUCCCUCCACCCCAGGACGCCACUCAUUUCAUCUCAUUUAAGGGAAAAUAUAUAUGACAUAUAUUUGAGGAAACUGAGGACCUCGGAAUCUCUAGCAAGGGCUCAACUUUGAAAAUGACAACAACAGAGGUGCAAACAGAUAAGGAGACACCCCUCCUCCCCUUGAAAAUGGUUUUCUUUUUGAGGCAAGUUGAUUGAACAGAGAAGAGAAAAGAAGAGCAGAAGGGAGAGAAGGGAAGAAAGCGUGUGGAAGAGAGGAAACGAUGGACAGGGUUACAAGAUGGAAAAGAGGAGUGUGGGCAGGAAGGCAAGGGCGGGGACCAGGCCUGGGUCUGCUGUUGGAGUCCAGCCCUGGCCUAGGCUGGGGAGAGGUUGGGGCACUGGGCCUGAGAUGUGGCUUUCAGUGACACCCUUGAGUUUUCUUAGUUUGGCUCGGUCAGGGGAAGAAAGGAAAAGAUAAAAUGUGUCAGUGCCUCUCUCAGGUCAGUCUUCCUCCAGCCACAGUGUGGACAACUCGACCCCCACCCCUCCUCUCCUCUUGCACCAGUGGGGUGUCAUUUCUCACCCAAAUUUAUAAAGACUAAAAUGCAUUCCAUUCCUCUGAAAAUAAGCCAAAUUCAUAAUUGAGUAAAAUUAGGUAGGUUUUUCUAACAAGAUCCAUAAAUAUUAAACAUAUAUGCAUAUUGCACUCCUCUUGCAUAUUUUGGACAUGGACACAGCCCUAUACUAGAAAGGUUUGUUCUUCCGGUGGCCUGAAGAAUUACUGAGGCAACACUUCAGCCCCUCAUGUCAUCCGGCUCCCAACUGGCUCAGCAGCCUCUGUAGAGGAGGACAGGCUAAAAAACAAAACCAACAAAAAAAGUGGGCUUGUGUCCAUCUACAAGCCUCCCUAUAGAACUCUAGUUCCUUUCUGUCUUCUUUCUUUCUUGCUUGCUUUCUUUCUCUUCAAAGUAGUUCCUAUCGGGACACUGAGGAGCUUCCUCAUUCUGGGAAAACCCAUGUUCUCUACUAUAACUCAACAAACAAGCUUUGCCUGCCUCUCUUCUGGGUUUUCCCAUGAGCUGAGUACUCAGCCCUUGUGGGCCCAACAUUGAGUUUCUAAUAAUUUCCUGUGUGUAUUCACACAUGUCCACCAAGCUGGGUAGCUGCCAGAACUCGGUGGUGUGUGCACUGCUCUGCCCAGCUCACCCCAUUCCAGUCCUCAAACCCUCAGAACAUAACGGCCGCUGGGGACCACACCAACUGAGCCCAGGAGGUCCAAGUUGGACCCACUGGUCCUGCCCCAGCCUGUUGGCUUUCAUUUAGACAGCCCUGCAUUUUGCAGAGCAAGAGAGAGGCUGAUGUGAGAGACUGCAAAGAGGGAGAUGGUGGGGAAAUGGUUUUAAAAGAGGAAAACAAUCAGUGGAGCAGCAGGGCAGAGGACCAGAGGAACAGAAAAGCAACAGAGAGAAGGGAAAGCCAGUCGAACUUUCCCUAGCUUCCGUCUGCUAUAAGCCCUCUGGGAUUUAAGAGGAAGGAGAGGGGGAAAUGGAGGAAUAGGUUGUGAGAUAGACAGAAGCUCAACCCAGGCCACAGAGCCAGGGAAGGUGAAUAAUUUUGGAAGGGCUCUAUACUUGAGAACUGGGUGAGAACAAGAAUCAGUAGACUGGUUAUGCAUUCAAGGGACGAGACCCUGUGCUCAACUUUAGCCCACCAUGAGGGACUGAAGUAAAAGGGUCUUUCAAGUUCUUUGUCCAUUCUAGCCAGUUUAUGCCUCCUCCCUGGGCUGGAGGAGGGAGGAACGCCCAGGAAAACCUGGGACAGGUGCCUCAAAAGUGCUGCCAUUUGGCGGCAAGGGUCUGAUCCAAAAAAAAAAUCCCACUCUCUGCUGACUUCCUCAACCCAAGGAUGACCUUGGGACUGCCCUCUAAGACUGAAGAUAGCCUGCUGGGAAAGGGGACUUGGACACUGGGAAAGGAGACCCUUUCUUGCUGUGGACGUACCUCUUUCCACUCUUUCUUGAUGGCAUGACAAAGUGGAGACCAACUCCAGCACCAAACUUGGGGCAAUGAAGAGGGACAGCAAAGUAGCAAGUAUACUUCAAGGAAUGGAAACGCAUUGCUACAACACUUGGGCAUGUCGCCUGCUCCCUCAGACAGGACAGUUGACUGGGGAUGGGAGAGGUGGUUGAUUUUCUUGAGACAAAGGGCCCAAUGACGAUGAAGCAAGAAGGGCUCACUGGACCAGCAGGCCAGUGUGCUCCAGCUCUCUGCACAGCUGUCCCCAAGCCCCCAACUCGCACUUCUCUGUGUCUUAGGCCAGUAUCCUAAACCUUCCUUCUGCCAUUCUUCUUUUGCAUCUUGAGCAGUCACCUAACUGGGAGCUUCCAAGAGGAUACUGGGGUGCCAUCCCCCUAAGAAAAGACUGAGCCAGGAACUGCCCACCCCUCACCCCUCCAGGCAGGGACCUGACCCCUGAGAAGAGCUCUCUCUUUCCCCGACUGUUUGCUGGACCUUGACCUGGCCUCAGCCCUUACACAGGGCCCUUUGGGGUCAGCCACAGGUAGAAGAUGGUGGCCUGGCUUAACCUGCUGCCAGGCUCCCCAGGCUCCCCCAGUUCAUGGCUACUAACCCAAAGCUGUGCAUCUCUCCAUGCUUGCAGAAGGUGGGUGCGGGCAGCUGGCCUCUCCUUGAGAAAGCUGGACCUCUGUGGACAGAUGGGCCUAAACCACCCAAGUGAGAGGUCCUGACUGAGCCCAGGGCGGAGUGACAACAAUGGGAGGGGAGUCGUGGAAAGAAGAGAAGCCACCAUCCCCUUGGCAGCAGGGAGAGAAAGUGGGCUUGCAAUGGUGUGAGCAUGUAAAGUUGUGAGCAGGGAGCGUGUUGGCUCCGGUUGGGCCUUUGGCCAACUUUCAGCUCCCCUAGAGGCCUCAGACUCGGGGGCAUCUAUGGUUGUACCUGCCCCCCACCCCUACCCCCUCGGGAGCUCUCCCCCACCCCCUUUGACUCAUGCCUCACUCUGCAGUAGAAAAGAUACCUCUGUCUUCCCCCACUACUGCCAGGUAACUGCGGGAGGCCCAGCCAGGACUGAUCCUCCUCCCCCAGCCUGCCCUGACCCACCAGGCAAAGCAGGGCACCUGGAAAAGAAGAGACUCAAAUGUUUCUCUGACAGCCAGGCCUAAACAGACAGGCCUGGGGACAUCAGCCCACAUGGGCAAGGAAGGGAGGCUGGGGAGGCCCUCUGUGGUCACCCCUCUUCUCCCCUCGCCCCCUCUUCUCAUCACCUCCUCUGUCUCCAUGGUAACCCUUCGGGAAUACCCUCCUCUCAUCGCCAGGUCAUCAGCAACACAGGAGCUGUCACGGCAACUGCCAUGCCCCCCGGGGCAGGGCCGCACUCCCUCUCCAUCAAUCAACUCAGAACCCUCGGGGGCUCCAGUUCCAAAUGCAGACUGGAGAGGGGAGUGGGCCAGAGAAGAGACCCUUUCGUCUCAGAGAGGAACCCCUGGCUUCCAAGAGAAAGGAGGCUGUUUUGAGACAGAAAAGGAACAGAUUUCACCAAGCACCACCUGGGUGUUGUACUGUCUUUAUUUUUAAAACCACUAAAGUGCAAGAAUUAUUUUGCACUGUUUCUCCACUUGUUUUUUUUUUUUUUUUCCUUUUAGGUUAUAGUUUCUUUUUUAAAACAUACUUUCUCGGUUUUCUAAUGGAGUAUAUAGUUUAGUCACUUCACAAACUCUGGCCUCUUCUCCUUAAAUCCUUCCAGAUGGAGAAAGGGAAGGUGGGAGGGACCGAGGGGAAGGGGACCCCAGCCACCCUGCUCUCAUUCACCCUACUUCUCUGGUCCCUGGUCACCAGCCUCAGCCAUCUCCACCACCGCCACCGUCACACAGUAGCCCACAUGGAUAGUGCCGUUGUCAGACAAGAUUCCUUCAGAUUCCGAGUUGCCUACUGGUUGUUUUUGGUUUUUUUUUUUUUAAAGACAGCAAUAACCACCGCACAUAUUACUGUAGCUCUUUAUUAGUGUUACAUACAGCCAUACCAUAGCUCUGUUCUCUCCUCUUUUUUGUUUUCAACUAAAAAAUAAAUGCUCAUCUUUACUGGUGAAAAGGAUGCAAAAAUAAACCAACAAACAAAGCAGUUUGUGAGAAAAAAAAAAAAGCGGGAAAAAAAUCACCUGAAUGCGGAAGAGCUCGGCUCCUGUUUAGUAUUUUGUACUUAAGGAAAUAAAAAGAAAGAAAAAAAACCCAGAGGAUCUCACGUUUUAUUAAAAAGUGAAGAUUGCUGUAUACUAUUUAUUCAACUUAUAAUUUAUGUUACUCCUUGAUCUUUGUCUUUUGUCAUGACAAAGCAUUUAUUUAAUAAAGUUAUGCAUCAGUCA